GAUUGUCCCUCCUCAGCCACCGUGGCUGACGACAUAGAUGGUUAGCAGGCAGCGCUUUGGAGACAAACAUGGCCGGUAGAGGAGCAAAACAAAGUCGUUCUGGCUCUGGCCUUUCGAGUAGAAAAGGUGCAAAUGAGCAGGACGAGGAGGAGCAGCCGCUGCAGGCUGUUUUAGUCGCUGACAGCUUCAACCGGAGGUUUUUCCCGGUGACCAAAGACCAGCCAAGGGCUCUGCUGCCGCUGGGUAAUGUUGCCAUGAUCGACUACACCCUGGAGUUCCUCACUUCCACAGGGGUUCAGGAGACAUUUGUCUUCUGCUGCUGGAUGGCCAGUGAGAUCAAGGAACACUUAAUGAAGUCGAAGUGGUGUCGACCCACCUCUCCAAACACAGUCCACAUCAUCACUUCAGAGUUUUACCGUUCCCUGGGUGAUGUACUCAGGGAUGUUGAUGCAAAGUCCCUUCUGCGCUCGGACUUCGUGUUGGUCUACGGAGAUGUGUUAUCAAAUAUUGACCUCAGUCAGGCAGUGCAAGAGCAUAGGCAUCGUCGAAAGGUGGAGAAGAACAUCUCGGUGAUGACGAUGAUCUUCAAGGAAUCGUCGCCCGUGCACAGGUCGCGCUGUGAGGAAGAUGAUGUCAUUGUUGCCGUGGACAGCAAGAGCCAGAGGAUUCUACACUACCAGAGGACACAGGGACUGAAGAGGCUACAGUUCCCCAUGAACAUUUUCCACAAUGCAAGUGACGAGUUUGAAAUCAGACACGACCUCCUGGACUGUCACAUCAGCAUUUGCUCCCCACAGGUCGCUGAGCUCUUCACUGACAACUUCGACUACCAGACUAGGAAUGACUUUGUCAGAGGGAUGUUGGUCAAUGAAGAGAUUCUGGGCAACCAGAUACACAUGCACGCCACCAAGGAUGGUUACGGGGUCCGAGUGUCCAACCUCCUCAUGUACGACUCGGUGUCGUCUGACCUCGUGCGGCGGUGGGUCUACCCGCUCACCCCCGAGGCUAACUUCGUCGACCAGCAGGGACGGAGCUGCACGUAUUCCCGCCACAACGUCUACCGAGGGUCCGGGGUCAGCCUGGGCCACGGCAGCCAGAUGGAGGAGAACGUCCUCAUCGGCUGUGACACAAGCAUCGGCGCAAACUGUUACAUUUCUAACAGCGUCAUCGGUAACAACUGCACCAUAGGGGACAAUGUUACCCUGGACCAUGCCUACAUCUGGAAUAAUGUCCACAUAGCCAGCAAGGUGAAGAUCACGCAGUCUGUGAUCUGCGACAAGGCUGUGGUCAAAGAAGGCGUUAAUCUGAAUAAGCAGUGUGUCCUGGCGUAUAAUGUGGUGAUUGGACCAAACAUCUCUCUACCUGAGGGCACCGUGCUGUCCAUGCACCAUCCAGACGAGGAGGAAGAGGAGGACGAUGAUGAGUUCCUUAGUGAUGAUGCCAGUGUCGGACACAGCAAAGACAAGACCAAACUGAAAGCGUUUAACCCAGCCGAGGUCGGAGCUGAGGGGAAAGGCUACAUCUGGAAGGCCAGCAGUCUGGAUGACACUGAGGAUGAGGAGCUGUCGCAGUGUCUCUGGGGUUUGGUGUUGAACCCUGACCCUGAGAGCGACAGUGAGGACAGCGAGCCCGAUGAUGCUGACGACCCCGUGAUCCCCUCCCCCGAGAUGGAUGAUGUCAAAGUGUUCCAGUUGGAGGUGCUGGGGACUCUGCAGAGAGGUCUGGAGGAAAACAUCGGCUGCGACAAUCUUGUACUUGAGAUCAACUCUCUCAAGUACGCCUACAACAUCACUCUGAAGGAGGUGAUGCAGAUUAUAACCAGGGUGGUGCUGGAGUAUCCCUUCCAGCAGCAGGGCCCAGAGCUCACCGCAUCGCAAUACGUUGCUCUGCUCCUACCGUUGCUGAAGAAAUGGGCGCCGGUGUUUAAGAACUAUGUGAAGAGAGCACAGGACCACCUGGACUGUCUGGCUGCUUUCGAGGAACACUUCCUUGAGCAGGAGAGUCACUGGGCUGCUAUGGUCAAGGUCCUGAUGAACAUGUACCAGCUGGAGAUCCUGGAGGAGGACAUGAUAAUGCGCUGGUUCUCUCAGGGAGACACCGACAAGAGCAAGCAGCUACGCAAGAACCAAGGGCUUCAAAAGUUCAUCCAGUGGUUGAAGGAGGCCGAGGAGUCUUCAGAGGAGGAAGGGGAAUAAUGAGGAGCACUUAAGACAAAGAUGACUCUAAAACUUGCAAAUAAAGGGAUUCAGGCAGUUGGUUUCACCCCUCGGCAGCAGCUUUCUGUCUAACAUCUAUCAGGAUCUUCUCUGCACACUUUAAACUGACACAUUUUAUCACAGAGUAACCCGCCAGAUGAGGGCGGUGUGCUGUGAACGCCAAUAUCCAAAUAAAGAAGAGAGACCCCUGACUGCUUGGAAAAGUAUCCUAAAGACUCAAUAUAAAGCGUAAAGGUUUUAUUAAAAAUAUCACCAUAUCCCUUUA